CCAUAACUCAAUUUCUUUGAAGAGGGAGAAUAUUUUGAUUUAUCCAAUCAGAUAACGCCAAUUAAAUUAACACCAUCACAAGAAUUAGAAAAAAUACCUGAUUAUUUAAUAUGGUCAAUUGGCAAUUUUAUUUUAUUUUUUAUUCUUGGAAUUGUUUGUGUUAUAUUGUCCGUGCGUGUUCGAGAACAUAAAGCGGAACGUGAUUAUUUCAAAACAGCAGAUAGAAAUAAUAAACAUAAACCAAUGGAAGAUAAUAAUUUAUUUAUAUAA